AUGGCGGGGCUGCAGGCCAGGCGGGUCUCAGGGCUCCGGCUGCUGGCGCUGUCUACCCUGGGCCUUUGCCUAAUGCUGCAAGUCGGCGCCAAGAGACCCCCCAAGACGCCCCCCUGUCCCCCGAGUUGCUCCUGCACUAGGGACACUGCCUUCUGCGUGGACUCUAAGGCAGUGCCCAGGAACCUGCCCUCCGAGGUCAUCUCUCUGACGCUGGUGAAUGCUGCCUUCUCAGAGAUCCAGGAUGGAGCGUUUUCCCACCUGCCACUGCUGCAGUUCCUGUUACUCAAUUCCAACAAGUUUACACUGAUUGGAGACAAUGCCUUCACAGGACUGUCACACCUGCAGUACCUCUUCAUUGAGAACAAUGACAUCUGGGCAUUAUCCAAGUUUACCUUCCGAGGACUUAAGUCUUUGACGCACCUCUCACUGGCCAACAAUAACCUGCAGACACUGCCUAGAGACAUCUUUCGGCCCCUGGACAUCCUGAGUGAAUUGGACCUGCGGGGCAACUCGCUCAAUUGUGACUGCAAGGUGAAGUGGCUGGUGGAGUGGCUGGCACACACCAACACCACGGUGGCACCCAUCUACUGCGCCAGCCCACCCCGCUUCCAAGAGCACAAGGUGCAGGAUCUACCGCUGCGUGAGUUCGACUGCAUCACCACAGAUUUCGUGUUGUACCAGACGUUGUCCUUCCCAGCAGUGUCAGCUGAGCCCUUCCUCUACUCCAGCGAUCUUUAUUUGGCUCUGGCCCAGCCAGGAGCCAGCGCUUGCACCAUCCUCAAGUGGGACUACGUUGAAAGGCAGCUUCGAGACUAUGAUAGAAUCCCAGCCCCCUCUGCGGUGCACUGCAAGCCGAUGGUGGUGGACAGCCAGCUGUACGUGGUGGUGGCCCAGCUGUUUGGGGGUUCUUACAUUUACCACUGGGACCCCAACACCACGCGCUUCACCAAGCUGCAGGAUAUUGACCCUCAGCGUGUGCGCAAGCCCAACGACCUCGAGGCCUUCCGCAUUGAUGGUGACUGGUACUUUGCUGUGGCCGACAGCUCCAAGGCGGGUGCCACCAGCCUCUACCGCUGGCACCAGAAUGGCUUCUACUCCCACCAGGCCCUGCACCCCUGGCACCGUGACACCGACCUGGAAUUCGUGGAUGGCGAGGGAAAGCCGCGUCUGAUCGUGUCCAGCAGUUCGCAGGCUCCCGUCAUCUAUCAGUGGAGUCGCACCCAGAAGCAGUUUGUGGCUCAGGGUGAGGUGACUCAGGUGCCUGAUGCCCAGGCAGUGAAACACUUCCGUGCGGGCCGCGACAGCUACCUGUGCCUCAGCCGUUACAUCGGUGACUCCAAGAUCCUGCGCUGGGAGGGCGCCCGCUUCUCCGAGGUGCAGGCCCUGCCCUCCCGGGGCUCGCUAGCCCUGCAACCCUUCCUGGUGGGCGGCCGCCGCUACCUGGCAUUAGGCAGCGACUUCUCCUUCACACAGAUCUACCAGUGGGAUGAAGGGCGGCAGAAGUUUUUGCGGUUCCAAGAGCUGGCAGUGCAGGCCCCCCGGGCUUUCUGCUACAUGCCGGCUGGGGAUGCCCAGCUGCUCCUGGCGCCCAGCUUCAAGGGACAGACUCUGGUGUACCGACAUGUGGUGGUGGACCUCAGUGCCUAG